AGUAUUGCGGUUGAAUGAAUAAGAAGCAAUACGUAUUGCGUGCGGCCCUCGUCUAGAAAGAAAAACCGAUUAAAUUAAAACCAUCUUAAUCUAAAGUCUUUAUUAAAAAAAUAUAAAAAUGGUUGCCAUGGACUGGCCAUCGAGAGAUCAACUUAUGGAUUUUAUUCAAGAAACAGAUAGAAUUGACAACGAAAACAAUGGUGAAAACUCAGUUUUGGAUAGAAACGAUGAUGGAAUGCAGGAUCCCCUUGUCGAUAUAGAUGGUUUUCCUCGAAGCGAUAUUUCUGUAUAUAAAGUGCGACAAAAAAUCAUUUGCUUGAAAAAAUACCGCACAAAUCCGAUAGAACGUGUGGAACAACAUCUUGGUAAGGCCCAUGCUAAGUACCUUAUCUCCAAUCGUCAUGGCAUGUUUGGUCCGAGGCGCUGUGCCUUAUAUGCUUAUGAUUAUGAAGGACCCAACUGUGAUGAAGAGUUAAAUGAUAAUGCGAGUUUUGCUACUGUGGGCAAUGUUCAAGCGGGCUCACCUGCCGACUUGGGGGGUCUACGCAAAAAUGAUAAGUUCCUGCAGUUUGGCUCUAUCAAUACCAGCAACUUCUCCGAUAUCAGGCAGCUGCAAAACAUUGUUAGGCAGUUCAUUGAUCAGCCUAUUAAUGUUGUUGUUAAACGAGAUGGAGAAAUCAUUAAUCUUACCGUUGUUCCAAAACGUUGGGAAAAGCCUGGAUUAUUUGGCUGCCAGAUUAUGAAGCAGUGGUGUAUCGUGAGAGUCACUACUUAAAGCCAGCUGUUAACAGUAUAUCUGAGAUCUCAGGUCUUAGUCGUAUCACCCUGAGGUGUCAUCAGAACGAUGGCCAAACACUUGGUUGUCACAUCAGCUUGCUUAGCGUGUUUUUGUUGAUAAAAUCAUGCCAUUAUGUUAAGUAUAUAUGAGUCUUAUGUAUGAUUUUGCUGUGAUUUAUUUUGUGAUAAAUUUUAUUUACUUAGAAUAUUAAACAAUUACGACUAAUUGUAAGCUUGUUAGAUUUAGAUAAAUGUACUUAAUCCUGAUUUUAAUUAUAAAUCAUAUGUAAAACACUAAACAUGUCUAUUUUAUAUUAAAAUAAUAUUGUAUUAGAGGAAAUAGAUGAUGAUUUUAUAAUGUUUUUAGACUGCAUUGGCAUUUCUUUAAAUAAACUAUGUAUUCAUAACAUUUAGAUUAAUUAUUAUUCUACUUUCACUAUACAGUAGCUCAUCUGUCAGUAGUCUGACUAUUGUAUCAACGUAAUAUCGAUCCAUAAUAGUUUGUAGUUAAAUAUUAUUGAUGUUUGAGAAAUUCAAUUUCGAUAUAAUGUCACAUAUAAUUAAUCAGUAGUUGUUAGGAUGUUAAAUUUUGUGAUGUUCGCAUUUUACUAUGUGUAUAACGGAAUAAAAAUUUUACUCUA